CGGGCGGCAUAGUCCAUCCAAUGAAAAAACACCAGAACCAUCCCCGGGAGAAAGCAGUACCGACUCACAGAGCCUGCAGAAGCAGAUCGAUUUAUCCUCCGAUGAACAUCUCACGUUUGGCAGAUGGCAGAUGAAGGUGGACCGUCUUGGAGUCUUGUGUGCCAGGCUAGGUCUCUGCAGCCGCAACGAGGCAGUCCGCUAUGCCCGCUUGGGACAGAUUCUGGUGGAGGGGCAGCCGGCCCAAAGUGCAGCCGUCCUUGUCGCCAGUGAUGCCGCAAUUGAACUGAGCCCACGAGCAAAACGGAUGCAGGCGCAGAAGGUCACCCUCAUGCUUCACAAGCCCAUGCACUACGCCAGCUGCCGAGCGGCUCCUGGAGUCCCUCUGGCGCGAAAGCUGCUGGUGCCAGAGAACCGAGCCAGAAGUUGUCGGACUCGACAUGAUCCGCGUCAGCUCAGCAAGCUGGAUGCUGCCGAUGUCCUGGACGUGGCCUCGAGUGGCAUGCUGCUUUUUUCACAGGAUGGUCGUGUUGCAACGUGUGUAUCUCGAGAUCCACAGCUGGAGAAGGAGUACCGGAUCGUCACAGCUGGGGAGGCGUCAUCCAGCCAGGUGCGAGCACUGCAGCUGGGGUUGCAGGUGAUUUGCUCCCAAGCACAGGUGGACCUGGAAAAGGGCUAUGUUCCAAGAGCACAGAAGGCCAAAGCUGCCCAAGAUGCUCUGCCCAAACCAGAGGACAACAAGCCGGAAGUCAAACCAGAUGAGUUCUCCAUCAUCCGUGUCACCAUCAGUGGAAUUGUGACAUCGACAAUCCUUCGAGAAGUGUGUGCUCAAGCAGGGAUCCUGAUCUACUCCUUUUCAAGACUUCGGAUUGGAGGAAUCUGCUUAGGUGAUUUGCCAACUGGUGAGUGGACCGUUGUUUCGUGCGUCGACGAACUGUUGCUGAGCUACCGGACACACUCCGAGCAAGGGAAAGUGGCGUUCUGGACGUUCUGUUGGUAAAGCUAAAAUGACGUUAUACUAUGUAUAAAGUGCAGAUGAGGG